UGGAUUUCAUAGAUGAGUAAAGUUAGGAAAGGUAUAGUGUGAAUUUGGUUUUGGAAGACUGCCUUUCAAAUUUCUUGGAAAUUGAAACUGGGACUGUUCUUUUAUUCGACAACUAUUUGCGGUCAACUGCGAAGCGCGUUGUUCUAGUCUUACGUUACUUCACUCAGACCACAUCAUGGAUACGACUACCCCAGUUGGAACUGCACAAGAUGCCAAUACCAACGGUUCUAAUUUGACAGACGAAGAAAAAGCCAGGCUACAGGUUGAACUAUCUCAGGUUGAAGAAGAAAUUCGUCUACUUCAAGAAACUCUUGCUGUAAAAGUGCGUCGAUGUAAUGAGAUAAAGAAGAGUCUUGGUUAUACCUCACUUUCAACCUUGCAACAUGAUCUCAUGGAAAACAUUCACAAGUUAGAGGAUACAGAAGCGUAUAUUAAAACUACUGAACUUAUAAGCAAAGCAAAGGAUAAAACGGUAACUGUAGCACAAGACGCUAAAGAAAAAGUGGAGUCAACUAUCUCUGCCAUUCGAAAUUCAGAGGUUGUUAAGUCAAUAAAUGAUAGAGUUGGCACAGCUUAUUCAACUGUUAAGGAUGUUAUAAUCCAUUCCACGUAUGGACAUGCACCAGAUGACGAUAGUGCUAACGAUAACAAUAAUAAUAAUGAAAGUAAUAAACAAUCAUAAGCAUAUUGCUAAGCUGUUUGUGCUUACGUGUGUGUAUGUGUGCGUGCGUGUAACAAAGAAUCCAUUGUUCCUAACUGGACUAACUUUAUAGCCUUUCAUACUUUUGUGUAUAAAACUCCAUUUGAAAUGAAUAAUAUCGGUCAUCAUUAGUGAUUAUUACUAUUACGAAACUGUUAAUUUAUCUGACAUUUUGAUUUUUGAUUUACAUUUACUUUUGAUUUAAAUUUAUUUUAUUUGCUGUUUGUUACUUUGGUGAUCGUAAAAUAAUAUGCUUAUUCUGUUAUUUUAUUUUUGUGUAUGUGAUUGUGAGAUAACUAUGAAAUAUAAUUUUAGUUAUGUGCA